CCAUAGGCUAAACCUUCUUCCCAUCUAAGAAGAUCAACCCACAAAAUACAUCAAACCAAAUUAAACCCACCACCAAAAUAAACAUGGUUCCGAUUCUGGUGCCACAGAAUAGAAGGUGGCAUCCAAAAAUCGCAAAUUUGACCUAAAAAUUAGCUACGAGAUUUUGACCAGGCUCCAGCUUCCUCAAAGCUCCAUUACAGAAAGAAGGCGAACAAAAGAUCCCGAGUGGGAGACCUAAAACACAAACACCCUACUCAGUUACCGGCCGGUUAAGCCAAUUUUCGCAGCUAUGGGAAAUAAAGAGCGAGCCCAGGAAAGAAGAGAAAGGAGACUCCAAGAGAUUUCACUUCUCCGAACCAUUCCCUACUCCGAUCACCAAAGGUGGUGGUCAUCGGAAAGUAUUGCUGUGGUCACGGGUGCUAAUAGAGGAAUAGGAUUUGAGAUUGUGAGACAACUUGCAGAUCAUGGAUUGACAGUUGUAUUGACAUCAAGAGAAAGUAGUGCUGGUAUUGAAGCUGUUAAUGUCUUGCAAGAAUCAGGUCUAAGUGUGGUCUUCCAUCUGCUUGAUGUCUUAGAUUCUUCGUCCAUCCAACAGUUUGCUGAAUGGAUACGAGAAACCUACGGUGGUAUUGAUAUUCUGGUGAACAAUGCCGGUGUCAAUUUCAAUACUGGGUCUGAUAAUUCUGUUGAAUUUGCUCGAAUGGUUAUUGAUACCAACUAUUAUGGCACUAAGAAUGUGACUAAAGCUAUGAUUCCAUUGAUGAGACCUUCUACUGCAGGUGCUCGUAUAGUUAAUGUGAGCUCGCGCCUGGGUAAAAUAAGUGGCAGACGAAAUAGAAUUGAAGAUGCAACUUUGAGAGAACAAUUAAGUGACAUUGAAACACUAUCAGAAGAACUCAUUGAAAGGACUCUAUCUAAUUUCCUACAGCAAGUAGAAGACGACACUUGGAAAUCGGGUGGGUGGCCUCAGACGUUCACUGACUACUCGGUGUCAAAACUUGCAGUUAAUGCUUUCACUAGGAUAAUGACAAAGGAACUGUCAGACCAGCCUGAAGAUCACAAGAUUUAUAUCAACUGCUACUGUCCAGGAUGGGUAAAGACUGCCAUGACGGGUUGGUCUGGUAAUAUAUCAACGCCAGAUGCAGCCGACACUGGAGUGUGGCUUGCCCUGCUUCCUGAUUUGACAGUGUCAGGAAAAUUUUUUGCAGAGAGACGCGAAAUAAAAUUUUGAAGCAACCAUAUGAUACCCUAUUACAUGGUAUUCGACUGUGAACCAGUUCGCAUGUCCUUGAUUGAGAACAAAUCUGCAACAUUCAAAAAGGGAAAAACUUAAACCCUGUGGAGACCUUGCAGAUUCUACUCGUACGAGUGAAAGCAAGCGAUGUCACUGUUGCAUUAUAAGGGCAUGGCGAGAUCUAUAAAAUAUUUAAUUUCCAUUUAAAUCAUUAUUUGUUAAUUUACAUUUUGUUAGCACAUGAUUGCCCUCAAACGCCUAAGCAUCUGAGAUUGAAAUCUAGAUUAAAGCUGAGUCUUUCCGUUUAAGAUUUUUAUUUUAUUUUACUGUCAUCAAUGUUCUUAUUCAAGCUGUGUACAAUGGAAUUGAAAGUUCUAUAGCCUUUUUCUUCAGAAUUUUAAAUGAUUUUUGUAUAGCUUCUUA